AUGGACCGGUCCAGCCUGGCAGCAGUAAUUGGAAACAACAGUCUGGAGAACUGGAAAGUGAUUGGUGCAGGAGGGUUUGGACAAGUCCACAAAGCCAGACAUGUGAACUGGGGAUUGGAUGUGGCCAUCGAGUUGCUACGAUGUGAUGGCUCUAGCGCUUCCCUGCAUAAUGAGGCAGAAAUGAUGAGCAAGGGUGCAAGCCUCCAUGUGAUAAGGAUUCUUGGAGUGUACAAGGAUUGUCCCCCCACUUGCGGCCCUUCCAUUCAGCUGGGUCUUGUGAUGGAGUUCAUGGAGAGGGGGACACUGGAAUCCCUCCUGGACACCCUCUCUCUCCAUCCACCUUGGCCCCACCCCCUUGCCUAUCGCUUGGCCCACCAGAUCGCUCUGGGGAUGAACUUCCUCCAUUGCCUCAUCCCACCCCUUCUGCAUCAAGACCUAAAGCCCAAUAAUGUGCUGCUGGAUGACUGCCUUAAUGCCAAGGCAAGUUCCAGGCUCCUGGUUCUGAUUAGGCUUUAA